UCGUAGAAGGAGGGUUUAUGGGGAAGAUGGAGCGAUGCGGGAUAUUUUUAGAGUCCUUAUCUCGAGAGAAACGUGAUAAGAUCAUGAGGGAUCUUCCGUCCAGGGUGGUGUUCGGUCAAGUCAAGCUUUUAGUCCACGACACAGAGAGACAAAGCGAUAAAGCACACCUCGCAAGGAUCCUCGACAAACUAGGGAAGGAAGUAACUGCGGACAAUGGGGGAGGAAGGCCUCAGUAUGAGGAUAGAAGACCCCGAAUUGAAGGAAGAGAUGUCAGCACAGGCUCGCCUAGGAGGGGGGAGUCGAUCAGAGGCGAUAGCGAUUGGAAGAAAGAAGGAAGAGGAGAUUGGAAAAGGAACGACGGAGAAUGGGAGACUUCUUCCAAGUGGUCCAACAUUAAAGAUAACCGGUGGAAGCCGAAGAAAGAGAUAGAGGUUAGGAGGUCUGAAAGACGAGAGGAGGAGAUGGAGAAGCAGAUAGAAGUUCUGAAGGCUGCGGUGGAGAAGUUACAAAGUAGUAAUCAAAGAAAGGAAGAGACCCCGACUCGAGCCGCUCCCCGAACGGAGAAUCGCGGGGACCCUAGUCCGAAGCGGACUUGGAAUAGUAACGCCUGUAUCUACUGUGGGGAUGAGGACCACCAAAAGAGAGACUGUCGUGCGUUGAUGGAAGCCCUGACGGAAGGCAUCAUCGAGUUGGAUGAUCGAAAGUAUGUGAUGUGGACGGAUGAAGGAAAGCCAGUACCCUUCUUACCCUCGAUGAAGAUCAAUGUAGAUAUCAGGAGACGAAGGAUGAAUGAGGCAAAGGGGAAACAAAAACAAGAGUCAUCGGCAGCGAAGGUUUCCCGAGUAACAUUUGAGGAGGAUCUUGAAGAGCUACCGGAAAGUCAUGGGAUGACGAUUUCUUCUAUUAAGUUUGAAGAUACAGAGGAUAAUGGUAAAGUUUACAUUUGCACUCAGGGUGUUGGCGAAUCAAGUAAAGGAAAGAAAAAAGACCAAGACCAACCAAUGAUGGAUGAGCAAGUGGAGUCGCCCAAGUCACCUCAGUCUCAUAGAAAAAGAGGGGCCAAAAAGUUUCACUUAAAAAGUUCACUGGAUGAGGUAGAUUUGAGGGAGCCGUUAAGGAGGGCUAUGGAUAUGCCCAUUCCUAUUACCUUGAAAGAAUUCAUAGCCAGUUGUGGACCAGCGCAAGAUGAGCUAAUAGGAAUGAUGAAGAAGGCUAAGGUACCACUAGCGGAGACUGCGGCUUCAAGCGAGCCAAAGAUAGAAACGAAGACAUCCGUUCUAGCGGCAGAGAAAGGAGGAGUAGAGCAUGUAGAAACCAAUGAUGGUGGAGGUGAUUAUUUCUAUGUUCUUGGUAGUGGGAAGUUGAACGCCACCAUCAAUGGGAUAAGGAUGGAAGCUAUAGUAGACGACGGUGUCGGGCGCAUCGGUUCGGCACCACACGCGGCAGCAAUGGACCCUCUCGGCCGCGUCACGUAGGAGUUGGACCAACCUUGCCGCGAACACACAAAUGGAGCUUCCUUAGGCCGCUCCGGCCGAGUGCGCCAGCCAUACCUCUC